AAGUUUUCGAUUUCCAUGAAAUUAGACCAAAUUUCCUGUGUAACUAUUUCUAACCCUGAAAUGUUGAAAAAAAAAAACAAACUUAAGAUCGGAACCAUUCAUGCCAGGCGUCGUGCAUUAAAAAAAGAAUCUUAGUAAUAUUUCUUUUAUUGAAAUUUGUUUGGAUUUGGCACUCGCAUUCAGAAAAUCACUAGGUAUUGAUUCAUUGCCUGUUGCGCUGCCAAGUUUUAUGUUAUGGUGGUGUUUUAAACUAAAUCUUUUUCAAAAAAAAAAAAAAACAUACAGUAACCGUAAGAUUCUUAUACAAUAUACACAUACAUGCGGUGAGGGGUAUAAGGAAAACAAACUUUUAAAAAAGUAUAUGCACUUGUAACUAACAAAUUUCAGUUACUUUGGAAACAUAUGUACAAAAAAAAUAAUAAUAAAAAGUGAGUUCUGCCAAAUAAGUUGAUUUUUGUUAGCAACUAAAAUAAAAACUAGAAAAAUGAUAAAAACCUUAAAAAUCCGCAAUACCUCAUACAAGCCAAAUCUUGAAAAUGAAGGACAACUUAUCCAACCAUUACCUUGUCCACCACCACAAAAAACUAAAGGGAUAUGGUUUCAAGAACUUAAACCACAUGAACGUUUAUUUUAUCAUCAAACUUUAAAUUCGGUUCGAAAAAGUAUACGCUAUUGUGCUAAUCCCAAUAUUCCUCGUGAUUAUUUAGAUUUUAAUUUACAAUCGCGAUAUCAUCAUGCUGAAGAAUUAUUUCCUGAAAAAGUCGAUACAGUUCUUCAGAGAGAAACUAUUUGUGAAGAGACAUUUCGUGUAUUGAGGAAUACAAAAAAUGUAAUUGUAAAGAAUCCCGAUCCAUUGGGUCAUCCAUUAGUAAUCAGUGGAAUAAAAGAAAAAAUAUCUCCACAUAGUGUAAAGCUGAUCAAUAGUGGACACCGUACUCAACUUACCAAUAAUGGUUUCUCAAGACAACCAGCUGAUGGAAAUUUCUUCCACUACUAAAGCAACAAAGAAAAAAUCUUAUUUUACAUCAAAUAAAUUUCUUUAUUUGUAAAAUUUAAAAAAAAAAAUUAAAUGAACAGAAACUUUAUAAAGAAGGUUCUUCUUCUAAU